AUGUCGCCAGCAACCGUUAGAGAUGGUGGCAGCCACAGUAUGACGGACGGGGAGAUCGACGCCAAUGCCGGGCCUGCUAGCACUCAGAGGGAUUCUGGCACUGGCGGCGGCAAAGCUGUCGAUGGAGAUGUAGGCAAGGAAGCGGCGCAGUCAGCUUCAAAGCCCAGUCUGCGAUGGUAUCAAAGGCUGAACCCGAUAAGACUCCAGCAAGCGCCGCCUGUGCCAUCAGAGCGAACUAUUUCCAAGGAAUAUGGAGCUGGUCUGCUGAGUAUCAUCACCUUCCAAUGGAUGCAUCCUUUGAUGCUGACGGGCUACCUUCGACCACUUCAGCUGCAGGAUAUCUGGCUGGUGAAUCCAGACCGGUCGGUCGAAGGGCUUGCUGCUAGACUUGAAGCUUCCUUUCAAAAGAGGAUUGAGCGUGGAGACAAGCAUCCUCUCCUGGGGGCCGGAUAUGAGACGUUCAAGCUCGAGAUAUGGAUUGGCGCCUGCUGUCAGAUGGUCGCUUGCGUUCUCCAGGUUCUCACGCCUUAUACCACUAAAUACCUGAUCUCAUUUGCGACAGAGGCAUACAUUGCCCAGCAUAAGCAUGUACCAGGUCCUCACAUCCGGAAUGGAAUUGGCAUCGCCAUCGGCAUCACAUGCAUGCAGAUAAUUCAGAGUGUAACAACGAGCCAGUUCUUCUUUCGGGGAAUGAUGGUUGGCGGACAGACUCGAGCAGUGCUUGUCAGCUUGAUAUUUUCCAAAGCAACCAGGCUCUCUGGGAGAGCCAGGGCUGGGGGGAAGGCAAUCAUCCCGGCCACAGAGGGAACAGCUCAACUUCAAAAAGCUCAUGACAGUAUUUUGAAGUCUAUUUUCAGCAAGAAGAAGCAUGCUGGACCAACGAAUGCGGUCGAUGGUGUGCUGGGCGACGGGACUGGAUGGAGUAAUGGCCGCAUCGUCACCCUGAUGAGUGUUGAUACUGAUCGUAUCGACAAAGCUCUUGGUCUAUUUCAUUUGCUCUGGACAUCUCCUAUCAUCAUUAUCCUUGCUCUCAUCCUCCUCCUGGUGAAUAUUGGAUACAGUGCGCUCUCAGGAUAUGCGCUCUUGGUCGCAGGAAUCCCUUUACUCACGUAUGCUAUCAAAUCCCUAAUCAGACGACGAAGGAAGAUCAACAAAAUCACCGAUCAACGAGUGUCGCUUACCCAGGAAAUCCUCCAAGCCGUUAGAUUUGUCAAGUUCUUUGGAUGGGAGCAGAGCUUUUUGAAACGGCUGGACGAACUUCGGAAGAGAGAGGUGCGAGCAAUCCAGGUUGUGUUGGCCAUACGCAAUGUUCUCCUGUGCAUUGCAUUAUCUCUUCCCGUGUUUGCAUCUAUGCUAUCGUUCAUCACAUUCUCUCUCACAAAACAUCCUCUCAAUCCGGCUCCAAUCUUCUCCUCUCUAGCUCUAUUCAAUACUCUUCGUCUGCCCCUAAAUAUGUUACCCCUGGUUCUUGGCCAGGUAACGGACGCAUGGACUGCAUUGAAUCGAAUUCAGGACUUUCUACUAGCAGAGGAGCAAAAGGAUGACAUCGAACGAGACGAAUCCUUGGCCAACGCACUCGAGAUCAAUGAUGCCUCGUUUACCUGGGAACGUCUUCCUACAAGUGAAGAAGAUUCUUCCAAGAAGAAGGGCUAUGGAAACCGCAAUGGGAAGGUGAAGAAGACAGGCAAGGAUAUCGAAAAAGAGAGUCCUGAUGGCUCGGGUCUUCAGAGUCCUACUGAGCCAUUCCAACUUACCAACCUGUCAUUUACUGCCGGCCGCAACGAACUUAUUGCUGUUAUCGGUACAGUGGGAUGUGGUAAGAGUUCCUUACUGGCCGCACUUGCAGGAGAUAUGCGAAUGACCGGUGGCCAUGCUGCCAUGGGAGCUUCUCGCGCAUUCUGUCCACAGUAUGCUUGGAUACAAAAUGCGACAGUGAAGGAAAACAUCCUCUUUGGCAAGGAGUACGACGAAGCUUGGUAUAACAAAGUCAUAGAUGCCUGUGCCCUACGGGCAGAUCUCAAUAUGUUACCCAACGGGGACCAAACAGAGAUUGGUGAACGAGGCAUAACAAUCUCUGGAGGCCAAAAGCAGCGGUUGAAUAUUGCUCGUGCCAUAUACUUCAAUAGUUCCUUGGUCCUCUUGGACGACCCUCUCUCUGCUGUUGAUGCUCAUGUCGGCCGUCAUAUCAUGGAUAAUGCUAUAUGCGGCCUCUUAAAGGACAAAUGCCGCAUUCUCGCUACGCAUCAGCUCCACGUUCUGAGCCGCUGUGAUCGAAUCAUAGUGAUGGACAACGGCCGCAUUGAGGCGAUAGAUACGUUCGAUAACCUAAUGCACCAUAACGAUAGCUUCCAGAAACUCAUGUCAUCGACCAUACAGGAAGAAGAACAAGAUAAUAGAGAAGCUGCAGAAAAGAGCAAGGAAGGCGUCGAAGUGGCUGACGAUACAAAGAAGAAGAAUGAAACACCGUUGAAGGCACCUAGAGCCUUAAUGCAAAAAGAAGAGAGGGCCGUAAACUCUGUCAGCUGGGGAGUUUGGGGAGCCUAUAUAGCGAACUUCGGCUGGCCUAUAAAUCUGCCUAUAAUCGUUCUGGGAUUAAUUCUCGCAAAUGGAGGUACGAUUGUCAACGCCCUCUGGCUGUCGUACUGGGUAUCCAGGAAAUUUGACCUUUCCACGGGGACAUAUAUUGGAAUAUAUAUUGCUCUGGGCGCUGCACAGGCUCUCUUCCUGUUCAUAUUCUCGACCACGUUGACGAUAAGUGGAACGAACGCGAGCAAGGCAAUGCUUUCUCGUGCUAUCAAUAAAGUGUUGCGAGCCCCCAUGUCUUUCUUUGAUACAACCCCCUUAGGCCGGAUGACAAACAGGUUUUCAAAGGAUAUCCAUACGAUGGAUAACGAUUUAACGGAUGCGAUGCCAAAUUUCUACCGGGCAUCUGCAAGAGAACUUAAACGCCAUGAGGCAGUGCUUCGAUCAGAAGUAUUUUCUCAGUUCACGGAAGCUAUAUCGGGGACUGCGUCUAUAAGAGCAUAUGGACUCCAAGACUAUUUCACACGCCGGCUUCAGAGGGCUGUCGACAACAUGGAUAGCGCAUAUUUCCUCACAUUUUCAAACCAGCGAUGGCUAACUGUUCGGCUGGAUGCUGUUGGAUGGCUAAUGAUUUUCGUAACAAGUAUAUUGGUUGUUACAUCGAGAUUCAACGUGGAUCCAAGUAUAUCAGGUCUUGUGCUCUCAUUUAUUCUUUCAAUUUCCCAAUUGCUGCAGUUCACUGUUCGUCAACUCGCCGAGGUAGAGAAUAGCAUGAACGCAACGGAAAGAAUCCACUAUUAUGGGACACGGUUGGAAGAGGAAGCCCCAUUACACUUGCGGCAGAUGGAUGAAUCCUGGCCUCAGUCAGGCCAAAUAACCUUUUCAGACGUGGAAAUGAGAUAUCGCGCUGGUCUCCCGCUUGUUCUUCGUCGACUCAAUUUGGAUAUUAAGGGAGGAGAACGAAUCGGAAUUGUAGGACGAACUGGAGCUGGUAAAUCUAGUAUUAUGUCCGCUCUCUUCCGCUUGACUGAGCUUUCGGGGGGGUCUAUUAUGGUUGACGGUAUUGAUAUUUCCACCAUCGGGCUGCAUGAUCUGCGUAGCCGGUUGGCUAUUAUCCCACAGGACCCAGCCCUUUUCCGAGGGACGGUGCGAUCAAACCUGGAUCCUUUCAACGAACAUACCGACCUCGAACUUUGGUCCGCCCUACGGCAGUCUCAUCUUGUUAGCGAAGAAAAGGAGAGCUACAGCGACGUUGAUAACGCUGAUGAAAAGGAUGAUCACCCGCAACAGCAGCAACAAAGGAUUCAUCUGGAUACUGCGGUGGAGGAGGAAGGAUUGAACUUCUCCUUGGGUCAAAGGCAGCUAAUGGCGCUUGCUAGAGCAUUGGUGCGUGGCUCACGCAUCAUCGUAUGCGAUGAAGCCACUUCUUCAGUCGAUUUUGAAACGGACCAGAAAAUCCAAGAGACGAUGGCGGUAGGGUUCAAGGGCAAGACGCUCCUCUGCAUUGCUCAUCGUCUUCGAACAAUUAUCAACUAUGAUAGAAUAUGUGUCAUGGACCAGGGGCGUAUAGCCGAAAUGGAUACUCCGCUCAGCCUGUGGGAAAAGAAUGGAAUAUUCCGGGGGAUGUGUGAACGAAGUGGCAUUGUCAAGGGUGAUUUGGCAGAGUAG